CCAUUAUGAAAUUACUUUAUUUAAAAAAGUACCGCAAAUUUCUCUUUAUGGUUGGAGUUUUGUUCUUCUACUUCUGCUACCGAUUCCGUCAUCAUUUUAAUCGAAACCAACCUCAAGGUAUGGCAAACGAUGACGUCAUAAGGAAAUCCCGUGACGUCAMCCAGAAGCUCACCAAGGCACAAUGUACAGCGAUGUUAUCAUGCUUAACAAACGGCACAUGGACAAUGAAAAAGGGUCUUAAAUCUGAAGAAAUCCGAAAGCGAAGCGACAUAGAUGCAUACAUGCUUGAGUAUCAAGGUUGGCCAAGAAAAUUAAGUCGGUCAGACUUGAAAUGCGGAAGGAAAUAUGGUCCCGUUGGACAAGAGAASGGCAURUCCAUUUGCGACGGACAAAGUGAACAUCCAUGCUGCAACGAGGACAAAGAAGCUUGUGGCAACACCMCAGAAUACUGCAACUGCGAAUCAUGUACAAAUUUCACUAAGUAUCUCCCUGCGGAAUUAGCGGAAUGGAAUGUCUAUGACAAAGCCUGCAAUGUGGAAAAAUUUGGGCACAAAGAGGCCUGUGAAUUUUUCAACAAGCACGUUUCUGAGAUGGUCUUUAUAGGAGAUUCUCUUACUCGUCAUAUUUUUACCGCGUUGGCAAUUCUGCUAACAAAUAAUUCUGCAACUGGAGCCCUAAGGCCUAACAUUGAUAAAAAACACAAACAAAACUGCCAAGGCGAGUUYCAGUUUAUUGAUGCAGGAAAGUUUCGUUGCCAUGUAUUUGUUGUAAGGCACUGGAAAGACUUAAAAAACGUUUGUGCUGAAGAAACCGUUAAAUUUAAAGUUUACCUUAAGGAGGCUUAUAAUUUUAAUCUUUUUCCAAGGGCAAAAAAAGCAGUAGAAAGUUUAUUAAAUAAAAGUGGCUCAGUGGUAGUGAUAAACGUAGGUCUGCACRURKKKCUGAAAUCGGACGAGGUUUUAGAAAAGUACGUUGGGCCUCUUGUAGAUAUGGUAGCCAAGAACGGUAGCGGUUGGCCGAAACUAAUCUGGCAUGAGCUACAUAGUGUGGAUAAUUUCAUUCGUUCUGAGAUCAAGUUAUUAUUUUCAAAGUGGAAUAAAUACAACGACCAGAUGDCUGAGUAUUUCAAGAAAGUAAAUGUCGAUGUUUUAGAAAUGUCGCGAUUUACGAAAAACAUUCUAAGUUAUGACUUCCGCCAUUUUGGAUUAGGCGGUAACAUGAUGAAAGUGCAAAUUCUACUGAACUAUCUCAAGAAAUGGUUUGAAGUCUGUCCAAAAUCGUGACAAUAAAAGGGCAUAUUCUUUCUUUUAUGUACUGAGGUUGAUGAGCAAUUCAGGCUGCUUUUAGUUACCUUUACGGUAAGACGCAAAACCAUGCGUUCUAAAGACCUGUUCAAAUUAAACUGCCACGUCCACGCAAAUUUGACUUGCCAAGAAUAAACCAUUUUAGCGAUCUCUUUUACGCUGUGUUAGCCUCACAACCAUGKAAUAAAUUCUUUUAUUCACAACAGCCCCUGCAAAUGCAAGAGACUGAUCCGUGAGCAUAGAAGACAAUGGAAAUAGCUUGAAAUCUCACGAGUUAAAUAUCUACAUCUCUGAAUAUUUUAUCACACAAUUGAGGCUAACACAGCGUAAAAGAGAUCGCGAAACUCAACUAUUGCUGAGUAUUCUAAUGGCAACGUUUGAUUUGCGCAAGUCCUAUAGCCAUGCACUGAACACUUUUAGAUCGCCUAAAAUUAAGAUGCAAGCCUUCCAAAAAAAAAAUUCACAAUGUAGCAGCUAGGAGCACAAAAAGUAACCACUGGGAAUCAAUGAAGAAACAUAUUGUACAAAACAAUGUUAGAGUGGACGCACUAAAUCUGUGAAACUAUAUAAAUAAUUGCAUGUAAAGAGUGUUGAUUAGGGGAAUCAGUGCUAGUAGUAGAGGAUACGAAUUUUUUUGUUUCACGCGGAUUGAGUGCGUUAUUGAAUGUUGACUCUCGAAUUAGUAGAAUAAUUGUUAAAAUAGCGUACUGAAGGAAUUUAUAGCCCUUGUAAAACUCAUGAAUAAUUAAUGAGGAAAACGCAAUAGAAAUCACAACCGUGAA